AUGACUACACUUCCCAGCGGCUCCAACUCAACGCCCGACAUGGAGGAGCAGACAGCAUCGCAGCAUCCCCUGCUGGAUGGGCGGGAUGGCCUUCCUCCCAUCGAAGACCGGUCGAUCCUCGGGUUCUCAGUUUUCAAGCAGGAAGUAAAUCUCGAGGUCAACUUUCGAGAUCGACGCAUCGAUGGCACGACGAAUAUUUUCAUUGUUACCUUCGCCGAUAGACCCGUCGAAGAAAUCCUACUCGACGCUGCCCAAUGCGAAAUCGAUACAAAUAACAUCACCGUUACUGAAAUGCGAGAGGUGGAUGGGGAGCCCGUCGAAGGUCAGAAGCGUAAGGUGACUGCUGAAUACCACGACCCUUACCAGAAACUCGUGCACCCCAAGGGUUGGAACUGGACAGCCGACCACCAUGAUCUACGGCGUAUCCGCGCUCGUUUGAUUUUCCACAGCCGCAAAGCCGACGUACCCGCCGAGAAUAGAACACUCGCGGGCUCGACGCCGACCUACGGCUCGCUCAAGUUGAAUUUCCGUGGCAAAGGAGAGCAAGAACGACCAAGAUUGAUCAUAAGAAAAUCAAUGUCGAAUCUGGAUGCCGUGGAAAAACCUCACAAGCAAUUCAAGAUCACUAUACCGUUUACGAACAAGAACCCCAGAGACGGCCUGCACUUUGUUGGCGUCGAUCCUCUGGACAACAGGUUCACGCACAUGUACACUCGCCAUUCGAUCCAGCCGGGAACUGCGUGCUGCAUUUUCCCCUGUGUUGACGAUCACGGCGCUCGGUGUGAUUGGAGGAUAUCCAUCAAAUAUCCACGAACCCUCGGUGACGCCCUCCAACAGGCUCUGGCGACCAAGAAAGAUGGGCCAUCUCACAACGGCGUGGAGAAGGCUCAAACUGAUGGCAAUGAUCUACACUUCAAACUCGCCGAGGAGGAUAAGCUGCGAGAAAUGUCCGUUGUCUGCUCUGGUUUCCUUAUGGAAGAGACAGUUGAUCCCGAAGACGACCAUAAAAAGAUUAUGAUCUUUGAGCCGGAGAAGAUGGUCUCUGUGCAAAAGCUGGGCUUUGCCAUAGGUCCCUUUGAGCACAUCAACCUCUCGUCAGAAUCGAGAACCGAAGAGGAUGAGGUGAAACUUGGAAUGAGUGCUUUGAAAAUUCACGCCUACUGCUUACCCGGCCGGGCGGAUUGGGUUCGCAACACUGCUGCAGCUUUGACUAUGGCUGCCGACUUCUUUACUUAUACCUUUGCCAAGUACCCAUUUGGCAAUUUCAAACUCUGCUUCCUUGAUGACAUGGUCGAGGACACGGUGGUCUUGCACUCGCUGGCCUUUAUCAGCAACCGACUGUUGUAUCCUGAGGAUAUUAUCGAUCCCGAGAUUGAGACGACGAGGAAAAUCGUUCAUACUUUAACCUCGCAAUGGAUUGGGAUCAACAUGAUCCCCAACACGCGCAACGACAUGUGGCUUGUGGUUGGCAUUGCUCAUUACAUGACGGACCUGUUCAUGAAGAAGCUCUGCGGCAACAACGAUUAUAGAUUCCGAAUGAAGAUGAUGGCGGACAAACUUGUCGAGUUGGACGUCAACCGACCUUCAUUGUCAGAUCUUGGGCCUAACCUUCAUUUGGGCGAAUUUGAGAUGGAGUUCAUGGCACUCAAGGCACCCAUUGUGUUUUUUAUCCUUGACAAGCGGCUUAGCAAAGCGUCGGGCGGCCAUGGAUUGACUCGCAUUCUGCAGAAACACUUGACUAGGGCUCAGAUUGAGGGCAGUGAUAAAUUUCUCGUCCUGGAUUCGGAAAAGUUUAGAGCCACGUGCGAAAAGGCUGCUAAGUACCGCCUCGAGAGCUUCUGGAACCAAUGGGUAUACAGCUCUGGCUGUCCACGUUUUGAUGUCAAGGCUAAAUUCAAUAAGAAGAGGCUUUGUGUCGAGUUGAUGUUGAUACAGGUACAGCACCAGACCAGCAAGAAAACGGAACUGAGCAGAGAUGAAUUCUUAAGAGCUAUCAAAGAGCGCAGGGCGGACCUCAAGACUGGUGAGGUGCAGCCGUUGUUUACUGGACCCAUGACUGUCCGGAUACACGAGGCUGAUGGAACGCCGUAUGAACACAUUUUGGAGAUCCGAGAAGAUGCCACUCGUUCUACCAAGUUUGAAAUUCCAUACAAUACUAAAUAUAAGCGCUUAAAGAGGACGCGCCGGAUGAAGGAGAAGCACAAUGCUGGAGCUAGUAUGGAAAUCCCUGAAAAUACCGACGAUGCGCUUCUUUACUGUCUGGGAGAUGUUCUUCAAAGCCCAGAAGAUCUUCGUGACUGGGAGUUGAUAGAAUGGGACCCGGAAACUGAGCGAAAGAUGGAUCAGGAGUCCUAUGAAUGGAUCCGAGUCGACGCCGAUUUUGAGUGGGCAUGCAGCAUGAACAGAACUCUCGAGCCGUACAUGUAUGUGUCCCAGCUUCAGCAAGACAGGGACGUUGUUGCUCAACAAGAUGCGAUGCUGUAUCUAUCAACCGGCCCUCUUCAUCCGAUCGCAUCGGGGUUCCUCGUGAGAACGCUUGUUGAUCGCCGCUAUUUCCACGGGAUUCGCACCAUGGCGGCGCAAGCCCUCACCAGGCAAGCCAACAUCAAAGACAUCCCGAUGCUGGGACUGCGGCAGUUGAUGCGGGCUUUUCGCGACAUGUUUUGCUACGACCAGACGAACCAGCCUCUUCAAAACGACUUCUCGGACAAGCGACAGUACAAUGUCCGGUGUUCAAUCAUCAAGGCCAUUUCCGAGGUUAGAGAUGUUACAAACUACUGUCCAUUCGAAGCCCGGCAGUUUAUCUUGGACCAGCUGCUCUUCAACAACAACGAGAACAACCCGUAUUCUGAUCAUCAUUACAUUGCCAAGCUGGUUGAAGCGCUGGCCACUUCACUCAUCCCGGCUCAAGCAGACGAGUGGUUCAAACGCCAAGUCAAAAUACCCACUGAUGAGGAACGCCAGUUUCUUGAUGAGGCAAUGGAGCAGAUUGAACGUGUCCUUAGGCGUGACGAGUGGACGAACUCCUACCAGAACAUAUGGACCAUCGCUGGGUUGGAUGCCAAGCAGCGUCUCAUGAAGGCAGAGGUAAUACCAACAAAUUACGCCGAUUUUGGCCAAUAUCUACUAGACGGAACCCAUGAUCUUAUUCGUAUCAAAUGCUUCGAGGCUCUGAUUGACCUCGGGGCACUGAUGGAUCCGACAGUAUUCACAUUUUUAUUCUACUCACUCAUGACGGACCGAUCGCCCUUUGUUCGGGACAAACUUAUCCAAGCGGUGGCUCGAGGGCUUGCUGCCAUUGCAUUCGGUGAAUACUCAAAGGCCGUUAAGAACGAGCCUGCUCCGGAUGAAGCAGACGCUUUGCUACUUAUUCAAGAUAGUGCAGAAGAAGUUGCUGCCAGAAAGGAAAAGUUUGCUCGAAAGGAAAACCUCGACGCCGCGCUCAAGGCUUUGAGGAAGGAAAUGGAAGAGACGUAUGCUGCCGAUGAGAGGCAUUACAGCACUGCUAUGCGCAAGGCGCUGGAUCACCCCAACCUCGGAAGGGCAGAAAUAGAGUCCCUCCUUGAUCUGGCAGCUAUGAUGUUCGAAGAAGCUACAAGCUGGGUGCUCACCCUCAACUUGCCCAAGGGAUGGAGGGUGGAGCGUCCGGUACAGCAGCUCUCUGAUCGGUUGAUGAUGAAUUUCAAGUCUUAUUACAAGACGAAGCUCAAGAAUGCGGUGCCUCCACCACGGCCUCCUGUGCCAGAGGCCAAAUUGCCCCCGCCCAUGCCAAAGGCAUCAUCGAUCAAGAUCAAUACCAAGGCCGCACAGCCAUUACCAUCGCCUCGGCCUACACCUGUUUUGAAUCCAACACCUCCUAGUGACACAAUAGUCGCUGCUUCUGUAGCCUCUCGUCCAGCUAACAGCAAUGGCGUCCCUGCUAAGCCCACCGUCAAAUCGGAGUUUCAAGCUGGUGUACUGGCUAAACGACCUAGGCCAGAAAAGGGCGAUGGUGUCCCGGCAUCGAAGAGGCCCAAGGUGGAAUCGCAGCCGUCAAACCUGGAUAAGAUUCCUGGGGUUCCCCCGAAAAAGCGUCGUAUUGUCACUCUGAAAACUUCCAAUCCUAAACGGCUUGCUGUGAUUCUUGGUGAAUCAAAGAGUGCUUCAACCGCUUCUGCCAUUCCUGGCAGGACCGCUCUGCCGUCUGCACCCUCCAAGGAACAACAGAAUUCCUUUGGAUGCGGUGAGAAAGCCUCUGCCAACAGGUGGCUCAUCGGCAAGCCUCCCAGGUCCUACGACGAGCAAAAUAUUCGCAAAACAUCGUCCUCCCAUGCCUGGGCCGAAAUUGUCGCACAGCAAAUCACCAAGCAAGUCGCCGAGCAAAUCGGCUACUCCGCCGGUGCCAAAUCAGACUGCAGCACCGGUGGCAGCGGCGGCAACGGCAGCAGCAGUGGCGGCAGCAGCCGUACCGAGUGCACGCCCCAAGAUUAA